CUCUUUCUCUCUCGCUGCUUCAUCCCCCGCUUCUUCCCUCCAUCUCCCCGUUUCAAACCCUAGGGCACGUCCUCCACCCCCGAAACCCUAACCCUAGCUCCCCAAUCCGCCCGUUCCGGCCACCCCACCGCCCCGGAAUCCCCUCUCCGCCAUCUCCGCCGCCUCCUCCGCUCCCGCCCGCUCCCCGCGCCGCCCGCGGCCGUGCCCUCGACCACCCCUCACCCCCUCGCCCACGGGGUUCGGCGUAGUGCGGGGGGCUCGUCCCGCGCGGGCGCUCUCCCGUGCCCCCCGCGGGAAGGGAAGGCUCUCCAUUGAGGCCUCGCUGAUGAAGUUGCGGCCAUGAGUAGGCUCUCCUUCAGGCCGCGCCCGCUCGACAUUCACAAGAAGCUCCCCAUCGUCAAGUCCGCGCGUGAGCUUGAGGACGAUGAGACCACGCUAGCGCUUCGGGCUGCGCCGCCGGUGCUGCGGCACUCCCAGCCGGAGCCCGCGGCUGAUGGCGAGGCACAUCCAACAUCCAGCAAGAAGAAUGUGCAAGAAAUACCUACACCACAGUAUGAUGAUGUUGAUACAUACGAAAGGGACUAUACUCGUACCUUUGCACAGCCAACAUCCUACAUACGUGCCAGAGGAGCCAGGGCUGAGAUUGGUGAGUUUGUUGAAUAUGAUUUGGACAAUGAAGAUGAAGAUUGGCUUGAAGACUAUAACAAUGAGCGGAAAAAUCUGAACCCUGAAAAGUUGGAGGUCCUCCUAUUCAAACUGGAAACAUUGGACCACAAAGCUCGAGAAAGAGCAGGCAUCAUAACCCCCACCUUUUUAGGACCAAUACCAGUUAUUCUGCAGCUUGAUUCUGCCAUGGAGGCUUUGCAGUACUUGUCUGUUCGUUAUGCUGUGUUCCAGGCUGUAUAUAACUACUGGAAAUCAAAGAGAGAGCGGUGGCAAAAGCCUAUUUUGCGACGUUUGCAGCCGCCUCCGCCAGUUAAUGACACAAAUCCAUACAAUGUGUUCAGACCAAGGGAGAAGGCUUAUCGUCUUCACACAAGGAGGAUGCAAAGACGAGAAAAUAGUGUCCAAUCAUUCGACAAACUCCGUGUGGUCCGGCGCAAUCUAGAGCAGGCUAAGGCACUAAUGGGCGCAUUGAUUAAGAGGGAAGAGAGAAAACGUGAGACUAUGGAGUGUGAGGUUCACCUUCGACGUAUCCAGAUGAGAUACAAGCAUGAGGCACAGCUUAUUGAUGAUGGGAUUGCUCUAUCAGGCCUCCAGCAAGCUGGAUCAAGUGAAGAUGAUUAUGCAGAUUCAGAUGAUACGGCCAACGAGCAACCAUAUGUACGAUCGGUUGCUUUUCAUCCUAGAUUCCCUGAUAAUAAGCUAUCAGCUGUUCCGCCAUUGCGUUUGAAGCGCGAGCGUGAGCUAAAAAGAAGACCCCACCAGAAUGGCUGGUUGUUCAAAAGGGUUCCUGAAAUGCGGGAUCCUGAGGAGCCAGUAAUGCUAUUUACAAGACCAAUUGACCCUGAUAAGCUGAAGAUGGCUGGUAUCAGGCCACCACUAGAUCCACCUAUUGAUAGUGGUACUACUGCUCCACCAUUCCGGUGGCAAGCUAGAAUUGGACGGGGAGGUCGCAUCAUCUUUGACCGCUGGAAUCCUUUUCUUCAAGUCCCGGUCGGCCAGGAAACCAAUCAUAGACCCUCAAUGCCAGAAGGAUGAAGCAAAGGCUUUUGCUGUCACAUAUAUCUCUGUUCAGCUGGUGAGAGAUUAACAAGUGGAAGAGCUGUUUCUCCAUGAUCCAGUUGGCCCUCGGAGCUCCGAGCUCUCCUUUUGAUGUGGCAGGAAAUUCUAAGGUUUAUUUAUCUGAUGAAAGAAAGACAGCCAUGCUUCUCUCCUGGAUUUGCUGCUGAUGCUGCUUGAGGGAACACGAUUGAAAGAUGAGAAUGGAGUCAUGGAUUGGCUUUCCUGGUGCUAACAUAUUUUCAUCAGUUCCUCAUCUCUUUGCAGCUGUUGUACAAUUGGUGGCGCUGUACAUGGGAAAAAAGGGUAAGAAAUCUGUUUACCCGGUUUUUUGUCUGACCUCUUACUUGUAGAGGCAGUAUCAGAUGUUGCAAUGAUUUUGACAACUAUUUAUUGGGAAGGGAAAAAUCCUUCUCAUUGAUACAUCUGCAUGUUGCUCGCCCACAUGGUGAUUCAUCACCCUAGUGCAGUUCUGCAUAUAAUCAAACUUGUAACUGCAUGCUUUGUUGUUGCACAGUGGUAGUUAAUGAGAAAAUGUUGUCUGUUUCUCUAAA